AUGAGUUCUGAUAAAUUUGAAUUUACAAUUAAACAUGCUGGUAAACUAUACCCAAUUACCUUGUCUAAUGGUUCAACUGUUGAAGAAUUGAAGAAUGAGGUUCAAGGUUUGACAAUGGUUCCAAUGGAACGUCAAAAAUACAUGGUUAAAGGUGGUUUAACUGAUAAUACUAUUUCUAAUUUGUCAUCUGUUAUUAAACCCGGGUCUACUGUUAUGUUGCUUGGUACUCCAGAUGCUGAUAUGAUCAGUAAACCAAAGGAAUCUAAUAAAUUUAUCGAAGAUCUUGCCCCAGAACAUCAAAGACAAAAAUUUAAUCAAAUGCCAAUCGGUCUAUUAAAUAUGGGUAACACUUGUUAUAUGAACUCUACUUUACAAGCUUUAUACAGAGUCGAUGGUUUGAGAGAUAUGGUUUUGAAAUAUAAGGAACAGGCUAAUGUGCAACCAGGUGAUGAACUUCAUUAUAAAUUGAUUUCAGAAUUGAAACGUUGUUUCGAAAACUUGCAAAAGAAGAGCUAUGAAUCCGUAAUGCCAGUUGUAUUCUUGAAUUUAUUAAGAAAAUGUUAUCCGCAAUUUGCUGAAGUAGAUAACGCAAAUGGUAUUUUUAAACAACAAGAUGCUGAAGAAUUGUUCACACAACUCUUCAGUUCUUUAAACAUUGUAUUCGGUGAAAAGUUUACAGAUGAUUUUGAGGUUCAAUUCAGAACAACAAUCAAAGACAGUAACAAUGAAGAUGAUGUUACAAUCAAAGAAAACGAAAUUGAUUCGAAGUUAAAAUGUCAUAUUUCUGGUACCACCAACUUUAUGAAAAAUGGGUUAAUAGAAUCCUUGCAUGAAGAAAUAGAGAAAAGAUCUGAGCAUACUGGUGUCAAUUCUACUUAUCUAGUGGAUAAGCAAAUCACAAAAUUACCAAAAUAUUUAACAGUACAAUAUGUUAGAUUUUUCUGGAAAAGGUCUACAAAUAAAAAAUCUAAAAUUUUACGUAAAGUCCAAUUCCCAUUCCAACUUGAUGUUGCAGACAUGCUAACACCAGAAUAUGCGCAAGAAAAGAUUAAAAUUCGUGAAGAAUUAAGGAAAAUCGAAAAGGAAAAAUCUGAUGAUGAAAGAGAAUUGAAAAGGCGUAAGGUUAAUGAUUCUGAUUCCGAUGGUACAACAAUGACACCAAGAGAAAAGCAAGAAACGGAAGAAGCUCUAGAAGAUAGCCGCAGAGAACAUUGGUUACAAGAAUAUAAGAAACAUUUCCCAACUGAUUUAAGACCUGGUGAAAACCCAUCAUGUGUCUAUGAUCUAAUUGGUGUUAUCACCCAUCAAGGUGCAAACUCUGAAUCAGGACACUACCAAUCUUUCAUAAGAGAUGAAAAAGACGAAAAUAAAUGGUACAAAUUCAAUGACGAUAAGGUAAGUGUUGUCGAAAGAGAAAAGAUUGAAGCUCUUGCUGGUGGUGGUGAAAGUGAUAGUGCUUUAAUUUUAAUCUAUAAGGGAUUGGGUUUAUAA